GCACCGGGGUCGCUGUGGGUGGUUUUCCACCCCUGCAGGUGUUACCCUGUGGGUGUCUCUUCCCCUUCCUGGCCCCCCCCGCAACCUCUUAGCGGGGGUCCGUGCCCCGCUGCCACCCUGCGCCGCUUUCACACGUGACGUGGCACCUCCUCUGCCACCGUGGAGCUCGGCGUGGAGUGCGGCAGCAUCGUUGUCGCGGAGGGAUGCGGAGCAGGAGGGUGCUGCCAGCCCGCAGCGGGCGAGGGAUGGGGGCGAGGGGCAGCCUGGGGCGGCUGCUGCUGCUGCUGACUCUCCCUUUGGCCGAGCCGGGUGAGCGCCGGGGCGGGGGGUCUGGGGUGGCCAGCGGGGUCUUGGCAUCACUGGCCGGGGCGGGUGGCAGCCGGCUUGCAGGGAUGGGGUUGCUGGAUGCGCUGGGGGGACAGGGGGUGUUGGUUGGGGACCCUCCUUUUCCCUUUUGGUGGGGCAGCCGACUGGUGGCGGCACGACCGGGACAGACUCUCCUCUCCCCGGCAGCGUGGGGCCGGCUCCGGCUGUCGGUCAUCGGGGGACACGAGGCCGAACCCCACUCCAGGCCCUACAUGGUGUCCAUCCAGUUCGGGGGGGUUCACGCCUGCGGGGGAGCGCUGCUGCACAAGCGGUGGGUGCUGACGGCCGCCCACUGCUUCCCUCGGGGGACGAGCGCCGUCGGGACGGCGGUGGUGGGGCUGCACAGCCUGCGGGAGCGUGGGGCGGCCACGCAGACCUUCCCCAUCCGGGCAGCGUGUCCCCACCCCGGCUACGACCGCCGGACGAUGGAAAACGACCUUCUCCUGCUCCAGCUGGAGGGGAAGGUGACGCUGAGCAGGACGCGGCGGCUCAUCGGGCUGCUGGGGCGGGAGCCGGCGGCCGGGACGGCGUGCAGCCUGGCGGGCUGGGGGGCCCGCAGGCACGGCGGGCUCUCGCCCACGCUGCAGGAGCUGGAGGUCGCGGUGCUGGACACGCAGAUGUGCAACAACAGCCGCUUCUGGAAUGGUGACAUUGCCCCCACCAUGAUCUGCUUCCAGGGACACCACAGAGGCUCGGCACCCUCCAAGGGUGACUCCGGGGGACCCUUGGUGUGCGGGAAACGGGCGGCGGUGGCCGGCGUGCUGUCCUUCACCAGCCCGGACGUCACCGACCCUUUCAAGCCGCCGGUCGCCACCUCGGCUGUGAAGCACAAGAACUGGAUCCGGAAAACGCUGCGGAGGGGCUGCGGCUCCCCCCAGCCCGGGCGCACGGGACAGACAGACCACCCCGUCCUAUUUACACAGGUUGGCUUUUAAUUCUUAAUACUGUCCAGAGUCCCGGUAAAAUAACAUCCUUAGUACAUACAUACAGCGAUGGGGGGGAGCAGGGCACCGCGAAACCUGGCCGGAUUGUCCGCAG